AUGGCGCAAUCGGAAAAGAAUAAGAAAAUAGGCAACAAUGAAGAAGAUAGUAAUCCUGGCAUUGGUGAGCAGAGCUCCGGCAGCUUCUCCUCGGAGGAUGACUGCACUGCUUCUCAAGAGGUGAAUGGAGGGGCGAGUUCAGAUUUGAGCAGGAAAGGUCCUGCUUCUCCUGACUUGAAUGGCAAAACAAGAGCGAGUAGGGGAUCAGCCACCGAUCCCCAGAGCCUAUAUGCAAGGAAAAGAAGAGAGAGAAUAAAUGAGAGGCUGAGAAUUCUACAGAACCUAGUCCCAAAUGGAACAAAGGUUGAUAUUAGCAAAAUGCUUGAGGAAGCUGUACGUCCGCUUUUGAGCUCUGACGAUCUAUGGAUGUAUGCUCCAAUCGCUUACAAUGGAAUGGACAUUGGUCUUGAUCUGAAGAUCAACCCACCGGGAUAA